CGCCCACUAAAAAAGUUGCUUGACAUCCGCGAGUGUUAAGCAAGCUAACGUUAACUAGGCAGCUCACAAUUUGCCUUUUGUUUGUUGUACAUAAACAAUUUCGUGGAUUCUUCAGGGUUAACAUGGCAUCUAGCUUUAGAAAGCCCAGUGCAACAGCAAACCAGCGGAAGAAAGCUGGCCCCAAACCAGACCUUACCGAAGAACAGAAGCAGGAGAUCCGAGAGGCAUUCGAUCUGUUUGACACCGAUGGUACAGGCACUAUUGACGUUAAGGAGCUUAAGGUCGCUAUGCGAGCUCUUGGUUUUGAGCCAAAGAAGGAGGAGAUAAAGAAGAUGAUUGCUGACAUUGAUAAAGAAGGCUCAGGCACCAUUGACUUCAAUGACUUUCUCUCCAUGAUGACACAGAAAAUGAGUGAAAAAGACUCAAAAGAAGAAAUCCUAAAAGCAUUCAGAUUGUUUGAUGAUGAUGGAACAGGGAAAAUUUCGUUCAAAAAUCUCAAGCGAGUCGCCAAAGAGCUUGGAGAGAACCUCACAGAUGAGGAAUUACAGGAAAUGAUAGAUGAGGCAGACAGAGAUGGAGAUGGAGAAAUCAAUGAACAGGAGUUCUUGCGGAUAAUGAAGAAGACCAACCUGUACUAAAUUCUUUCUUUUCUUCUCGUCUCACUUUUGUCUUCACCAUCACUCUCACACAAACCAAUUGGUCAAUAUGGCAGCAGUCUGAAACUUAGAACUCGCAAAUUUUGGUACACUUUAUUUCUUUUAUAAGAUUUGUAAAAAUUAUUUAAUCUUUACCCGUUUUUGUACACUGUUGAAAAACAGAAAUAAACGUGUAUUUGCCUAA